AUGGAAGAUAUACAGCCUAUCUCAGCUGCUGAACAAGCGUCAUUCUGUGUGGAACUGAUGAAGCGCCUCAACAUUCAGCGAAAACAAGAUUAUUUAUGCGACAUUACUUUGGUUUCGAAAGAUAACAUAGAGUUAAAGGCUCACAGAAAUGUUCUUUCCGCCGCAAGUCCGUUCUUUUACAAGCUUCUUCAGAGCGACAUGAAAGAAAAUCGAGAAGGGAUUAUUCGGCUUGAGGAGAUUUCAGGAUCCGCUAUGGAAGAUGUUUUGGAAUUCAUCUACACUGGAACUGUGGAGGUGACUCAAGAGAAUGCCGAGGAAUUGAUCGCCGCAGGGAAUUAUCUGAUCAUACCAGGCUUGAAAACAGCUUCAGGGCGUUUUUUAGAAGGAGAAAUGUCCGACAAAAAUUGUAUUUCAACGUUUUAUUUCGCCGAGAAAUACGAUUGUGACGAACUUAUCACAAACAGCAGACGUUUUAUUCAUAAAAACAUCGUUUCCGUGGCAAAACUGGAUGAAUUUUUGCACUUGGAAGCUGAAAAGAUCGCGAAGUGGAUUUCGUCCGACGAAAUUACAGUCAGUGAGGAAGCUGAUGUUUUUAAAAUCAUAUUAGACUGGGUAAACCACAGAAAGAGUGAGCGAAAAACAGCAUUUGAAGAAUUGUUUGGUCACGUUCGACUGGGUUUUUUGUCGCGUGACUGUCUGGAGGAUGUCGUGACAAACGAACUGCUGCGCGAGAAUUCGGCUUGUGUGAAGCUGGUCUUGGAUGCAACCGUACAGAUGGCUACCUUUGUUGAUGAAGACGAUUUUCUACAGUCACCAAGAGGAUGUCUUGAUACACGUGUCAUUGUUGCUCGUGGUGGCAAGCACACUUUUUGUUAUAUUCCUGAAGAAGACCUGUGGAAGCGCCUACCAGAUGGUCUGAAGGACAUUGACGCCAAGUUAACUCAGAUGAUAAAAUUUCGUGACCAGUUGUUCACAUUCACCAAUGAUCAAAAUUCAGAAAGAUAUGAUCCUGUUUUUAACGUUUGGUCUGAACUGAACUUGAGCACUGAUUCUGCAAAGUUGGCCGUUCUUAAAGGAGAAAUUUAUGCUGUUGAAUUUGACACCAAAAACUGGACAACUGCCACGAAGAGGUACAACGUAAAGCAGUAUGAAUGGGCGACACUUGACUCUUAUCAUAGAGAGUGUAGACAGGGUGCUUGUGUUAUUGCAGCUGGAAGCCAUUUGUAUGCAUUUGGUGGGAAGAAUUUACGCUUUAGCAACAAUGGCACAGCUGAGAGAUUUGACACUGUGGAAAAUGAGUGGGAGAGAAUCGCAGAUAUGCUGGAAGAAAGAAGCAACGCUUUUGGUGUGGCCUCUCAAGAAAAAAUCUUCGUUGCUGGAGGAUAUGGCUCUAGAGGAAUAUUAGAAACUUGUGAGAUGUACAAUACGUUAACAAACGAAUGGCAACUUGUUGCAAACUUGAAUUUCCCACGCUUUUAUGGCAGUAUGGUUUGUCUGAACGGAAAGCUGUACGUACUGGGUGGAAAAAGUCGUUACAUCCGAAGUGUUGAAUGUUUUGACCCUGCAAAUGACAAAUGGAUCCAGGAAACAACCAUACCAGUGAAAAACAUCGACCCAGAAAAUAACGACACAUUCAGCGGCUGUGUUCUGAAGCUUUCUAAAGAAUUACUAGACAAACUUAUGAUUGUUGAGCAGUAGUCUCUCCGACUCUUAACAGGUUUAGAAUUAGUCAUGUUGUUCACAGCAGACAGCAGACACAGCCCUCCGUUUUAUAUUGCCUUAAUUUAGAAGCUCACUUAAGGAAAGGCUGGGUUUAAUCAAAGGUUCCCUCUCAUUAGUUACUGUUUGCUUUAAACCCAAUUCUUUAAACUCUCUCAUUAAAGAUAGCAUGCUUAGUCAUGUUUCAGCACAGGAAUUGUAAGUCGUUAAGCACUUUUCAUACUGAAUGCUUCCCAAGUCCAAACCAUAGCAUUGCUUGAGUGGACAUAGGAGUGUACCAGGAUCUGAGAGAGUAGAGUUAUACCAUUUCAUGAGUCAACUUUGAGCCCGAGUGAAGUUUGAGUCACAAUUUUUGUUUGAAACUGAAUACUGACUCGCCAGGUUUAAUGUAUAUUCUCUCCACCUCAUACAAUUGAAUUAUAAUUGUGGAGCCAUGCUUAGGAGGCAAUUGAGGAAGGUAUCAAGGGCUCAUGUGAUAAAGAUGUUUUUAUCCAAAAAGCCACCCCAGUCAGAAGUUUUAAGAAUGAACUUGGUGUAUUUCCCCUCCUCCCUCUGUAGCCUGGGCCAAUCUAUAUCCCGAGCAUUGUGUGGAUUUUUCAAGGGGGGUUCCCACUGUGACAAACAGAGGGUAUUCACCAGAUUGUCAUGUGGACCUCCACGCUGUGUUUCACUCAAUAUGACAAAGAAAAAACCUACAAAGGAAGGGGGGUUACAGGUACCCCAGGACUCCCCUGGCUAUGCCUUUGCAAUUAGAAGAGGGGUCAUCAAAUUGGCUGUUUUAUUAAAAUGUUGGAUGGAAAACUAUAUUUUCCACCUCCUAAACACCACCUUUAAAAUUACCAUGAAGUAAACCGAAGUUGAUAAAUGAGGAAAUUAAAGAAGCAAUUGACAAAAAAAAGAAAACUCUGAUUUUAGUCUUAAAAGCAAAAAUCCAAAUAUAAAAAAAGGAAAUAAUGGAAAUCCUAUUGGAUACCUAUAAUGAAAAAUACAUGAUUUCUAUGGCAAAAAUAUAAUAAAACUGGUCUAAAAAGUGACUGAAAGUCAAAUUGACAGUGACACUGACUUUGCAAAACGAAAUAAUAUUUUGAACUUCUCACAAAAGAAACAGACACUGAACAGACAUUAAGUAGGAAUAAGAUAUCUAUGGAAACAAGAAAAGAACUGGUCUAGAAGUCAAAUUGUAUUGUGAGUAAUAAUUUUCUAUAUUGAAUUUUUUAAAUAUUUCAUUUAAUUUGUAAUAUGUUAUUGAUUGAGGGGGCCACAAGUUUAUUAGUUGUUUCAUUAUGAGGUGUUACCCUCUAUAAAUUAUAUUUUUGUACAUAUCUCACAAUUAGCAAAUUAGCAGAUAUCUUAAGAUGGACACCCAGUUAGAAUUUGACAUUUUUUGCUUGAAAUGAUGGUGGAUUUUUUAUCUUUAAAUGUUGUUCUUUUGUUUGCUGCUCUGUUUUUAUAUGAUUAAAUUUUUGAUGCGAAAGUGAAAUUUUAUUGAAAUUCCUGGGAGGGAAGAUAAAUGUUCAUAACUCAAUAUUUCUACCAAAUUUGAACUAGGUUCCUCCUGUCAUCCUAGUAAUUGUACGCUGUGCCCUUUUGCCCAUGUUUCUUGCCAAUCAGGGACCAAUAAUUAAUUAUCACUGGGGCCAACAGAGGGAUUUUGGAGAUUAACCUUUGAUUCCCAUGAUCUGAUUGUCAAUUCUCCCCUCUUGCUGCAACACAUUUCCUUGUAAAUUAGUUACAAGGAUAUGUUGUUAAAUUAAGACAGCGACUUCUACCUGAUAAGUUUGAGUAUUCUCAUUACAUUUUGCUGGAUAAUGUUUGGAUAUUGUAGGGAGAAGUUACAUGUUAAUCAUGUCUGGGAGUUCAAGGGUCAAAUGAUGUUGAAGGAGAACAGAGAGACAAUCAGAAAAUUGACUGCCAACUACCUGACAGUGAGAGGGAAUCAGAACAGUAUUAUUUAAACUAAUAUUUUAUCAUGGUUUUAUGGUUCAUUUUCACUUGGUUCAUUUCAUGCACGUUUGAAAAAUUAAAUUCCUAUAUCAAUUUACACAUAACAUCGCGCAAACAUACCAAGAAGAUAUUUCCUCCAGAAAUUCUAGCUUCCGACCUCCCCUGUUUCCGUCAAGAUUCUGCACACAUUCUACUCGUCCCCAGAGUCCCCCAGGCAACUCGGGAAAGAAGCGGAGCGGCCAUAUGAGAAAGUGGGAACUAGCUUAACUUCCGCUUUCGAUACUUUUCCUGAGUAAUCCACAUUAUCAACAGCGUUUGACCAGAAUCUGCCCACAGAAAUAAGGAAACUCUAUAAAAGAUGGAAGAUUUAUUGCCCAUCUCAGUUGCUGAACAAACAGCUUUCUGUGUUGAACUGUUAAAGCGCCUUAACGUUCAGCGAAAACAAGAUUUUUUGUGCGACAUUUCUUUGACGACAAACGACGACAGAGAGUUAAAGGCUCACAGAUAUGUUCUUUCCGCCGCAAGUCCAUUUUUUUGCAAGCUUCUUCAGAGCGACAUGAAAGAGAGUCGAGAAGGGAUUAUUCGAUUUGAGGAAAUUUCAGGAUCUGUUCUGGAAGAUGUUCUGGAAUUCAUCUACACUGGGACUGUGGUGGUAACUCAGGAGAAUGCUAAAGAACUGAUCGUAGCAGGGAAUUAUUUGAUCAUACCAAGCUUGAAAACUGUUUCGGGGCGAUUUCUAGAGGCAGAAAUGUCCGACUCCAACUGCAUUUCAACGUUUUACUUCGCUGAGAAAUACGACUGUGUCGAGCUUAUCGGCAACAGCAGGAAAUUCAUUCACGAAAAUUUCGUCUGCGUAGGAGAAAAGGAUGAGUUUUUCAGCUUGGAGGCUAAGGAGGUGACGAGGUGGAUUUCAAGCGGCAAGAUUGCUGUGGGAGCGGAAGUAGAUGUUUUUAAGAUCAUAGUUCAGUGGGUUGAACACAAGAAGAGCGAGCGAAAAGCCUACUUUGAGGAAUUGUUUGGUCACGUUCGCCUGGAUUUCCUAUCGCGUGAUUGUUUGCAGGAUGUCGUGACAAACGAACUUGUCCGUGACAGUGCUGUUUGUUUGCGGCUGACCGUGGAUGCUAUUGUAAAGAUGGCUACUUUUGCAAGUGAAGAUGAUCUCCCGCAAACACCAAGAAAAGGUCUGGAAACACGUGUUAUUUCAGCAUGUGGUGGCAAGUUCACUUUUUGUUUUCUCCCUGAAAAAAACCAGUGGAAGCGGCUGCCAGAUGGGUCAACUGAGAGAUCUCAGAAAACUCAAAUGCUAACAUUUCGUGAUCAGCUGUAUACCUUUAAGAAGUUCAGCAAGGCAGAGAAGUAUGAUCCUGUGUUUAAUGGCUGGUCAAAGUCGGAUCUGAUUGACGUAUCAGCAGAUAGCGCCAUUGUGACCGUUGUCAAAGGGGAUAUGUACGCCAUUGAAGUUAACAAACCCGUUGGAAAGUCUACCAUCAAGAGAUACGAUGUGGAGCUUUGUACAUGGAAAACAGUACUGGAAUCUCCCCAAGGUUGUAGAAACGGUUCCUGUGUUAUUGCAGGUGGCAGUUAUCUGUAUCUUUUGGGUGGAUCAGUCCCUGGCAGUGCUAGUUAUGUCUCUAAAGCUGAGAGAUUCAACACUGCAGAAAGCCAAUGGGAGGAAAUCGCUGACAUGCAACAAGGAAGAGGUGGUGCCUUUGGAGUGGCAAGUGAAGAAAAGAUUUUUGUUGCUGGAGGCUUAAACGAAAAGUAUAAGGUGUCAAAAAAAUGCGAGAUGUACAAUGUUUCUACAAACGAAUGGCAGUUCAUUGGAAGCUUAAACACUUGGCGUGUGUAUGGCAGCAUGGUGUGUCUGAGUGGAACAUUCUAUGUACUGGGUGGCACCAAGAAUAAUAGGGAUAGUUUGCUGUCAGUUGAAUGUUACGACUCUACAGAAGACAAGUGGAUUGAGAAGGCAUCCAUACCAGUGGAAAGGUACUCAACUAAAAAUAAGGACACAUUCACUGGAUGUGUAAUGAAGCUCUCUAAAGGAGUACUUGCAAAAAUCUGA